AUGGGGGUCAAAGGAUUGUGGCCACUUAUUCACCCAGCAGCAUCCAGACUGAAGCUCAAAGACCUCAAUCUUGAAUAUGGUUUCAUGAGAAAUCAUCAUAAAUCCCGGACACUGAAUAUCGGAGUUGAUGCAAGGUCUAAUAGGGGCGCAUCUCAGCACUCAUUACACCUCUCCAACACUACUCUCACCCAACUUCAAUAUUUCCUGUGUCAGCUAUCCGAAGCCGGUGUCAACUGUGUAUUUUUCUUCGAUGGCCCUGAAUGCUCUGCUAUCAAACGAGGUCGACAUGUCAUCAAUAGAGAACCAGAUUAUCAUAAGCACGCCAAAGCUCUAAUAGAAUGUUUUGGGUACUACAGUCAUGCUGUAAGUCCUAGAGGAGAUGCAGAAGCGGAAUUGGCUCACCUAAAUAACCAAGGAAUCAUUGAUGCCGUGCUCACAAAAGAUAGCGAUGUAUUUCCAUUUGGUGCUCAACAUGUUUUAGUGCCUGAAUUUCAAAAAUCUGGGGACUUCGUCGUUGAUGUUUAUGAUGCAGACAGUAUUCAAAAUGACUUGCAGCUUUCUCGAGCCGGCUUCGUGUUGAUCGCUCUGCUUCUACAGAAUGAUUUU